CCAUCCGACCGCAUUCCCCAACGCUCCAUCCGACAAGCCGAAGCCGAACCGGGCCAGUUCGUCGCGUCGGCGUCGGCGUCGGCGUCGUCCUCCAAAAAUUUCGAGAGGACGAGACCGUAAUCCGUACCCAAGCCGCCGACGAGAUGACCGGGUCGUGGUGAUCCUCGACGGGUGGGGUGCGGCGAUGGAUUUCGCGGCGAUGAAGCGGCGGGGCCUGCAGGCGCUCUGCAAGCGGCACGGCCUCCCGGCCGGCGGUUCCAACGCCGACCUCGCCGCCCGGCUGGCCGCCGCGCUCCCGGGGGCCGCUGGUGCGGUGGAAGAGGUGGUGGCGAGGAAGGGAUGUCUGAAGCGCUCGGACGGCGGCAGCGAUUCUGGAGAGGCGAAGGAGGUGACUUUUGCGUUGGAGGAAGAGGCGGAGGCGAGGGGGAGGAGACGGAGGUCUCUUGUUAUCUGUUCGCCGGUUGUUGUUGCCAAAACAAGGGGGAGGGGCAAGACUACGGAGACGCUUCCUUCUGGCAGCCCUGCUGCUGAAGUGAGCGGGAGGGGCCAGCGUCAGCGGAGGCGUGCUGAAGUUGGUGGUGGUUCUGCUGCUGAGGACGGUGUUGCUGCAGAGGCGGGUGCAGGUGCCCCAGUGAGGUGGUCCAGGAAGAAUUUGGUGAAUUUGAGUGCUGCCGAGCCUGACGAAGUAGGAGAAGCUGUUGCUAUUGAUAGGAAGCGUAAGCGGAAGAGCCAGGAGCAAGCUGAGAAUAUUCCUGUCAGUGCUCAGGAUGGAGUUUCUUGUAGAAUCACGAGGAGGUCAAGCUUGUCGGCGGCCGCUGUUCUGUUGCCUCCUGCUGUUGGGAAGAAGAGAGGGAGGAGGAAGGCUGAGGAGCAGGUUGCUGAGGCUCAAGAUUUGGCUGCAGCAGCGUCAUCUGCUAUUGUUGAAAAUAAGAGAAGUGGGAGGAAGGGGGAAGACUGUGAGCCUGCUGUGCAGAAGUCUGCUAAGGUGGAAGCAUCUGGUAGGAGCACAAGAUCUCGCUCACUAGCAGCUUCUGCGAUGUCAACCGAUGUUGCUGAGAACAAGAGGAGGAAGACAGAAGAUGUGCAACCAGAUGUAGAGCUGCCUAGAAAUGAUGCUCCUGUUACCAGGGCAUUGAGGAAUAGACUUGUUCAGGUUAACAGUACUGUGAUGGAGGAAACUCACGUUGGCAAGAAGCUGGAAAACAAGAGGCAGCCCAGUAGACCUGCAACUCGUAGACAUCAACAGCUUGCAUCUUUUGUAGAGGAAGAAGAUCAAGAAGAACUUGCUGCUCCGAGGAAGUGCCCCCCACUGAGGCGAUCAGGGAGAAACAAUUCUGAGGCCAGUAAUGCAAAUUCAGAAACCAACAAAUCGAGUAGUGCACCAGUGGAGGCCAAAGACUUGAACAUAGCUCGGCCGGUGACAAGCCAUAAUGCUAAGGGUGAAUAUGUGGAGAAGCAACCAGCAGUUAAAGAACCUGUUAGGCGAUCAACUCGUAAAUCUGUUGUCUCAGCUAUGCUUGAGAAAGAGGAAAAGGAUCUAAUUGCAGAAAAGUGCCCUGAAGCACAUGUUAGGAGACCGAAGAGGAAAUCUGUUCUGCCGGUUAAAGAUAUCAAAGGUGUUGGUGGAGAGAUUCAGAAUGCUAAGGGUGAAGAUGUGGAGAAGCAACAAACAGUUAAAAAACCUGUUAGGCGAUCAGCUCGUAAAUCUGUUGUCUCAGCUAUGCUUGAGAAAGAGGAGAAGGAUCUCAUUGCAGAAAAGAACCUGGAAGCACAUGUUAGGAGAUCAAUGCCGAAAUCUGUUGUGCUUGUUAAAGAUAUUAAAGGUGUUGGUGAAGAGAUUCAGAAUUCUAAGGGUGAAGAUGUGGAUAAGCAAUUAGUUGUGAAGCGACCUGUCAGGCGCUCAUCACGUAAAUCUGUUCCGCCAGAUACGCUUGAGAAUGAGAGUGGGUUUCUAGUUGAAGAAAUGAAUGCUGAGGCACAUGUUAGGAGAUCAUUGCGGAAAUCUGUUCUUCCUAAUAUGCUUAAUGAGGAGAACCAGGGUCACAGCAAAAUGGCCAGAAAUGAGGACUGUCAAAGUGGUAAGGGUGGAGAUGAGGAGAAGCAACUAAAAGUAAAGGAACCUGUUAGGCAAUCAAGGCGAUCUGUUGCCACAGUGGUGUUUGAGAAAGAGAAUAAGGGUCUUCAUGUGGAAAAGAAGUCAGAAAUUCAUAUGAGGAGAUCAGCACGUAAAUCCGUUUCUCUUAAUGCGGUUAAGAAGGGGAACAGAGAUCACACUGAAAUGGUUGGAAGGGAACAGUCAGGACUUAGAACAAGGAACCUGAAAGCAAGAGUUCAACUUACAGAACGUGCUGUGGCUGUGGCUACAUCUGAAAACAAAUUGCAGAUAGAAGUGGCUGUGCAGAACAAUCAAGGUCUACAUCGGUCAACAUGCAAAUCUUCAAAUCAUAAUUUAUCUGAUGAUAACAAAGCACAUCCUGGUCCGAAUAAGUAUAUAUCAUGUGAAAGAGUUGGUGAAGAGGGCUUGAAAUUGAGAAAACGCAGAAGGUCUUCAAUGGAAAUAUCAUCUCCAGCCAAUGAUUCCUGGAAUGCAGAGGAUUUUGGUGGGCAGAAAUUCAGGAAGCAGCAGAACACACAAAUUCCAAAUGAAAAGGAUAGCACAGGGAUUAACCAUGAGAAGCCGCUGAGAUCACAGCAUGCAUCAAAUUCCACAACUUCAAAGGGAAGGCCUGCAAAGAGGAGAACAAUUGUUCCAGAAGAAGUUAUGUCUGUGGAGGAGGCAAAAUCUGAUGACAUGGUUAUCAGGGAAGCAGCACAUGAUGGAGAUAAAGUUACUCAUGAAUAUAGUAAGGAGUCUAGUAGCAGAGUUCAAGAAAUUUGUCAGGUUAAUGCCACAAGAGAAGAGUUCUCUUCCGGUCCAUUGCUUGUAACACUCCCUGAAGAGACUUGCAUAGUGCAGAGUGUACAUAAGGUGAUACCUGGGUCAGAAUCUGGUGAUGUGGACAAAUGGUGUCAAAAUUCAGAAACUUACCACUCGUGUGCAACAGAAAAUUCAGAUAAGUGUAAACAAGUUCAGGAACUCUCUGACAUUCAAACUGACGAUAGCCAUUUAUCUGAAACAAGAAUUGGGGAGUUGGAUCAGACUUCAAGCAUCGCAGAACUAGUCCCACACACUGGUAUUGUCUCAGAGAACAAAACAUUGAUGGAUGAAGGUGAUGUUAACUUGGCUGCUAAGAGCAUGCGAAUUGUGAAUGCUGGUUCCUAUGAAGUUGGUUUGGAGGCUUUAAAUAAAUCGGUUGGUAUUGUACAAGAAAUUAGAUCGACCACAGAUGUAUUCAUUUUGGAGGCUGAAGCUCCUAUAGAUGAGGGUUAUACUGUUAAUGCUGAUACAGUAAAACAAUCGGAUGAAGAAGUUGCUUCACCAAUUUUGUCUUGCUGUGAUGACACCACUGUAACGGUCGUGGAACCUCAAUUUUCCUGUCAAAAAGAUAGUCAAGAUGUGAGCACAGAUGAUGUUUUGCCAAUUUAUUUCAAUGUUGGAGAUCGUGAAGAGCAAAGCCCUGUAGCUGGGCAAGGGAGAGUUGGUAGGGAAGCAAAUACAAGUGAGUUUGGCGAAAAGAACCUAUCUGAUGUCAGCCUCCACACCAAAGGUCUGCAACAUGAUAUUAAUAUACUAGCUAAAGAGAAUGGUAAAGGCGUUGUUCCAAUCGAUUUCACUAUUAAAGAGCAUGAAGAACGAUACCCAGUGAGCUCUGUAGCUGAUGAAAAGAGAGUAAGCGGGGAAGCAAAUGCAAGUGAAUCAGCCGGAAAAACCCUAGCUGGCACCAUGUCGACUGGUCUCCACACCAAAGGUCUGCAACAUGAUUGUGAUGUACUAACUAAAGAGACUGGGAAAGCUUCUGAACCUGCUCUACCUAUAUCAGACAGUAAACAAGAAGUUCACAGUGAUGCAAUUGCUGAACAAAGCAUCCCAGAUGCUGAUAUUGGGAAUUGUCUCAGCAAGGGUAGCAAAGGGAACCCUCUUUCGACAAGUCUGCACUCAGAAGGUGCUGCUGACGACAUUAUUCUUCCAGUACUGAAUGCUGCUAAGGGAUGCUUAUCAGAUGGAAGACAUUCUUCAUUUGGUCUUAAGUUUCUAUUUGCAGAAGAAUGCAAAGAAAGCUAUUCCAGAAAUGAUAAAAAUACUGACUGUGGAAACAAACCUAGUGCUAGCGUAACUCCUAGUUUCUAUGUGGGAUCAGAUUGUGGUCUGGAAGAUGAGGAUGUGCAACCUAUUGUAUAUGAUGCUGAUAAGAAACUUGAUGCGGAUCAGGGUGGUGCACAAGAAGAAGUUGUUGCUGAGGAGAUAAGUAAUGAUGAGCAUGUUGCUGCCAAAAUUGACCUAAAAACAAAAUUAAAUGAUGAAAUUGUCGCUCUUUAUAUGGAAUCAGAUUGUACCCUUGCUGAAAAGAACAUGAGGCUUGUUGCAGAUAAUCCUGAUGGUGAACAAACUAUGGUUCAGGUCCAGCAGGGUGAUGUACAAGAAGAUAAUCCUGAUGGUGAACAAACUACAGUUCAGGUCCAGCAGGGUGAUGUACAAGAAGGUACCCUUGAGAAGCCUUCACUAUGUUUAGCAACGCGAGAAUGUAAGCAUGAAUGUGGUUUACCUAAGGAAGCAGUACUGCACUCAGUGAAGAACAAGGGAUGCUCAUCAAGUGGAGAACAAUCACCAUUUGGUCUACAGUCCCUGUUCUCGCAGGAAAGCAUAGAAGAAUCUGUGGAAUAUGGUGCUCUUGCUUCUGCAACAGCUCAUAUUGAAAAUGGAGUUGAUGAAUUAAAAGAUUGCCAUGUGACGUGUGCACUCGAAAAAACUCCUGUGUCAGAACCUAUUUCACACCAUGACACUCAUGAAGGUAGUUGUUUAGUUUCUAAAGAUGAUGAUUGUAUGUAUACAACCCAGCAAGAUAAUGGAAUAGAAGGUUUACCGAAUGCUAGCCAGGCCAACGAACAGGUUUCAUCUAGUCUGUCAGUUUUAUUGGUGGAUGUAAAUCACAUAAAGGAGGUGAUUACUUCUGAGGAAGUGGUCUGUAAGGGCGAAGGAAGUAUGAAGGUUGUCCAUUCUGAAGACCUUAAUGCUUCAUGUGAAAAAUCAGAUGUCAAUGGAACGGCUGAUAACGCUUAUGGUAUUAGUGACGCUGUAUUGAGCAGCUCACUGCAUGCUCCUGCCAAUUACAUUGGUGAUGUACGUUUGGGUUCUACCCUGGCUCAGUUAGAAUCAACUGAUUUCUUGGAUGAAACGAUUGGGUGUUCCAAUACUGAAGUGCUGCAUCAGGGUCAUAGAGGCCAAUGCAAUGUGGACAGAGAAGAGCAAGUUCCUUCCGGACCCUGCACCGCCACUGCCAAAUACAUAGAAAGUGGAGUGGUGCUGCUCCCAGCUGAAGAAAGAUCAGAUUUGCAAGAUGGGCAGCUUAACUUCAAGCUGGAGGGCACAAAAGAAGUGGAAUCUGGUGCAACAAGGUCCACUACGUGUGGGGAGAUUUUUUUUUCUAGAGUAGGUACUACCAGAAAUCCUUCAUUUAGUUUAGCAAUUCCUGAUUAUAAACAUGAAGGUGCUUUGUCUGAGGAAGCAAUGCGCACAAUGAAUAAUUAUGCUGGAACACGCUCAUCAAAUCCCAGAGAAUUACUCAUGGAGCUGCAGUCCCUAUUUUCAAAGGAAAACAUCAAAGAAUCCGAUCAACAUGAUGGUCUUGCAUUCCCAAGUGCUGAAAGCAGAGGAGAUGAAUCAACCAAUGCUGAACAACGGGUUUACGUACAUUUGGGUUCUAAACUGUCUCAGUUAGAAUCAACUGAUCUCUUGGAUGAACCAAUUGGGUGUUCCAGUAAUGAAGUGCUGCAUCAGGGUUAUAAAGACCGAUGCAAUGAGGAUAGGGAAGAGCAAGUUGCUUCUGGACCCUGCACAGAUGAUAUUAUGGAGGUUGCCACUGCCAAAUACAUAGAAAGUGGAGUGGUGCUGCUCCCAGCUGAAGAAAGAUCAAAUUUGAAAGAUGGACAGCUUAGCUCCAAGCUGGAGGGCGAAAGAGUUAUGGAAGCUGGCCUUAACUGUAAUGAGGAUGUUAGUAACACUUCUGACAAUGGAUCUGUUACGGGCAUUGUUGGUAAAAGCACCCCAUCUGGUUCCGGUUUACCAAAAGAUUCUACGGAUCAUUACCAGCGACAAGAGCUUUUAGAUGGCUUCUCAGUGGAAACAUCUCUUGAAGGGUCUGCCAUGUUUGGGGAGAAAAUUGUUUCUAAUGUAGGAGGUACUAUUGGGAAUCCUUCAUUAAGUUUAGCAGCUCCUGAUUAUAAACAUGAAUGUGCUUUGUCUGAGGAAGCAGCGCGCACAAUGAAGAAUUAUGCUGGAACAUGCUCAUCAAAUCCCAGACAAUUACUCAUGGAGCUUCAGUCUCCAUUCUCAACGGAAAGAAUCGAAGAGUCCGAUCCACAUGAUGGUCUUGCAUUCCCAAGUGCUGCAAGCGGAGGAGAUGAAUCUACCAUUUGCCAUGUUGAAAAACCGGUUGACCCAUUUGUUUCUUCAGAACCUGAUACAUAUGAAGGCCCGCGUCAAUAUCUCAGCAGAGAUGAAGAAAAAGAGGGUUGCAUGCUUGUUUCCCUGCAAGAUAAUGAACAAGAAGGAUUGGUGAAGUCCAGCCACAUGAAAGAUUGGGUUACAUCAGCCCAGUUUGAUUUGUCAGAGGAUGCACAUCAUAUUGAAAGGAAUAUUAUUGCUGAGGAAGUGCUUUGCGAGGAGAAAGAGAAAACAAAGUCUAUGCCUACUUCAGAUAGUGUUAUCCGCCGUGAAAAAUCCUACUCCCAUGGAUAUGGAGUUCUCCAUCAGCAUCAUAAAGAGGAAUACCAUGAACACAAUGAAGAUCAAGUCACUUCAGGCAUCCAUGCUAUGUCUAAAGCUGUGCCAAUCAAAGUAUUAGAAAGUGGGAUAGCACUGGCCAAAGGUGUAUCAACGUCAGCACUGCCAGAUGAGCAGCUUAAUCCUGAGCUGGAGGGCGGUAAAGUUGAGAAACACAGCUCUAGCUGUGAGAAAGAUACUAGUACUAUUCUUGGUACUGGAUCUGUGAUGAACAAGACAACCCUUUUGCCCGACGACAGUCAUACUGCUUAUUUCCAGGAACAGGAAAUACCAAAUGACUUAUCUGCAUUUAAAUCUGCUGAAGAAUCUGCAAUUUGUCUGGAUGGGAGUGUUUUUGGAUCAGGAAUUUGUCAAUCUAGCGUCCAGAAGGAUAUAGAUGAAAUCAACCCCAAGCUGAAUCUCUCAAGGCAGCAGGCGAAGGGUAUAGAUGAAAUCAGUACUAAGGUGCAGAGUUUCAAAGUUUCCAGCACAGUAAAAGGAAGCUACAUUGCCAUGAGUGCCCCUCGUCAGCAAGGGGACAACUUGAGCCAAUCUGCAAUUGCCUGGCUCAGGAACAGGGAGAACACACCUGCUGUUAAAGUGGACCAUCCUCUCAAGCCGAAGCCCGAUAGCUCAGUUGUGAAGGACUCAUCAAGACGAGCGUUGCAGCCCAUCAGUAGGUCCUAGUCUUUUGUUGGUAUUUUUCGUUUCCGUUCAUCAUUUGGUGGUUGUUUUUGUUGUUGUUAUUCAACCUUUGGUUGAAGGUCACGUGUGCAUCUGACGGAAAACAAUUCGUGUAUUUGUGCAGUGUGUAGUGGCGAUGCAUUUGUUAUGGUUAGUAUUUAACAUAGUGUGCCCAUGGUAGUAUCAAGGAACUGGCACAGUUGUGCGAAUGGUUAACCGGGUGCUGACUUUGCUUUGUAAUUCAUGUAGCACGAACAGAUUGUUAAUAUACAUGCGUUUGUUAAA